ACAACGUGGAGGGGCGCCACAGCAUUCACAAGAGCUAAAGACUUGCAUCAGAGGGGGGUGUUGAGGCAAGGUUGCUUGCUUAUCCGAGCUUCAAGCAUUCCGCUAAUUAAUCACAGGAAAUGCUGGAGAGCGCACGUUCUGUAGUCAAUUUUUGAAUCGUCAGCGGAGCGUUAGCUAGCUGGUGAAGAUUCUCAGGGUGCAAACAUGGCGAAAGGCGAUUUUAUGUCGCCCAAGGCGAUUGGAAACCGCAUUAAGGCCAAAGGGUUGCAAAAGCUUCGGUGGUACUGUCAGAUGUGUCAGAAGCAAUGCCGAGACGAGAAUGGGUUCAAGUGCCACUGCAUGUCGGAGAGCCAUCAGCGCCAAAUGCAGAUCUUCGGAGAGGCGCCGGACCACAUCGUGGAGAGCUUUUCAGAGCAGUUCGAGGAGAGCUUCAUGGAGCAUCUGAAGCACACGCACCGUGCGCGCGUUGCUGCGACAGUGGUGUACAAUGAGUUCAUCCACGACCGCGAACACGUGCACAUGAACUCGACCAAGUGGCUCACGCUGAGCGACUUUGUCAAGUACCUGGGUAAGACGGGCCAGGUCAAGGUGGAGGACACGCCCAAGGGCUGGUUCAUCACAUAUGUCGACCGCGAGCCAGAGACAAUUAUGCGCGAGGCCUCGAAAGAGAAGCGCAAGAAGGCGGAGCUGGCGGAGGAAGACCGCCACGACCGGGACCUUCUGGCGCAGGUGGAAAGGGCGGCCAAGCAGCAAAAAACCGCACCUGACGGUGGCGAGGCAGCGGAAGCGGCGACCGCGAAAGAGUUGCGGCGAGACGAAGCGACGGGAGAGAAGAUUGCUUUUGCUAUGGGCGGGUCGAAUGGUACGAAGAGACCGGCGGAGAAAGCACCUGCGGAGAAGGCGUCGACCAGCCGGCCGGCCAUCUUUGCAGCAGAGGAGGAGAGUCGAGCGCCGGAGACGAGCGGGCGUGGGAGGGAAGGCGGGGCUGCAAAGGGUGGGGAGAAGGGGAGGGAGGACACCUUGAGCGCGAUGAUGCAGGAGCAAGAAAGGGCAAAAGAGCGUCUCAAUCGAAAGGAUUAUUGGCUGACCACGGGGAUCGUCGUCAAGGUUAUGAGCCGAGCCCUGAAGGAGAAGGGGUACUACAAGAUGAAAGGAGUGGUGAAAGCGGUGAUUGCGAAGUACAUAGGCGAGAUCGAGAUGGUGGAUAGUGGCGACGUGCUCAAGGUAGACCAGGCGGAGCUGGAGACGGUGCUCCCGCAGAUUGGGGGCCUGGUCCGAGUUGUGAAUGGCGCGUACCGAGGGGAGAUGGCACGGCUGGAAGCGAUCAACACUGAGAAAUUUAAAGCGAGGGUGCAGUUGAAAGGGGGCAAGUAUGAUGGGCGGACACUCCCUGCCAUUGAUUAUGAAGACAUCUGCAAGAUUGCGUCUGUCUAGAUUCGAAAUGGAUGCCUCGACCAGCAAAUGACUCUGUACAGCAAUUCCAGUUCAACAUCUCUUCCGCAACAGACCUGAAGCCUGUCCACGUAUGAUACACUCAAGUCGCUAAGUUGAUAAGUUAGUUCGCAAAUAAGACGAACAACUGAGUUGAAGCAUCAUGCAUAUGUUUGUAACAGGUCCUGGCUGGGGUUCGACGACAUAAUCCAGGUCCAAUUGAGUCAAGUGCAGUCAGAAUCGACCAUAAUACGUAAUGCGGCGCAGCGAUGUGUUGUUAUACCUAGAUUUGAGAUUUUCGAAUAUUUGGCUACAAUCUGAAUCAACUGACAAGAAAGUGCUUAAUCAGAGCCAUAUGAGC